UUCAUUCUCUCUCUCUCUCUCUCUCUCUCUUUCUGCUCGUUUCUGACGUCUCUCAUUGUCUAGCUCGUUAGACUCUCUCACCAUUUCCUUCUCUCUCACCGUACCUCCAUUUGCCAGGGGGCUACAGGUUGAAUUUGAUUUUAAUUGAAAGAUAAAAAGAAGGGAGAAUGCAUCCCCCGUUAACGCUACACAAGCACCCAAUGUGCUCUGAAAUUAUUGAAGAGUUCCAGAAGUGCCAUAUAGACCAUCCUAUUGGAAAAUUCUUUGGCGAAUGUACAAAUCUCAAAAUAAAGCUUGAUCGUUGUUUCAGGGAGGAAAAAGCUAUAAAGCGGAAAGCAAACUUUGAACAGAGUAAGAUAUUGAAAGAGAGGCUACGAGCUCUUAGGAAGGAAGCUUCUGAGGAGAAUAAUUUUGUGCAAUCGUAAUGGCCAAGUGAGAGAAAUUGUCUUCAAUACCAAAUCGAGGUUUGACAUGAUGCCUUCUAGAAAAAUCCUGCAAGAAUAUAAUGUUGCAGGAACAAACUAUAGUUUGCUGGCAUCGUGCAAUUUGGUUGAUAUUUUGUUGCAUGUGAUGUUGUCAAGAUGUUUACUUGUUCCGUUGAACUAUGAGGAAAAUAAGAUAUUAUUUUGUAUAAGAAUUAUUAAUUUAGACCUUGGAUGCUUAACAUGGAAAGGUUCUUGAAAAUCUUAAUUUUGUUCCUCCAAAGAAUUGUUAAUUUAAACACUUGUAUUCCGAAUAAGAUCAAUAACUUAUGGGAAACUCCUCUUGGGUUUUCUAGUUGUCUU